UAAAAAUCCGCAACUAAAGUUUGAAAUAAUAAAAUUGAAGCUGUUUUUGGGAAAAAUUCCAAGGAGAGUCCCGAAAAAAGGAAAAGCCAAAGAAAAAGCUUCCGUUGUCGUUCAUCUUCUACAAUCCAAAACUUGUUUCGGUGAUUCCAGUUUCUAAAAAUUGCUAAAAUUAUCCUCUUCGGCAAUCUAAAUGAUCGUUGAAUUCCUGCUUUUUGCUUCAAUUUCUUGCUCGAAAAACUGUUGAAGUUUCCCUGAUGGGCGUCGAAUCGAACUCGGCGCCGCCGCCGUCUUCGUCUUCUACGCCAUCUCCGAGCGGGAAGAGAGCCAGAGAUCCCGACGAUGAAGUUUAUCUCGACAAUUUCCACUCUCAUAAACGUUACCUCAGUGAGAUAAUGGCUUCUAGUUUGAAUGGAUUGACGGUUGGGGACCCCCUUUCAGAGAAUCUCAUGGAUUCCCCUGCAAGGUCAGAGUCCAUGCUUUAUCAAAGGGAAGAAAUGUCCUGGCAAUAUUCUCCUAUGUCAGAAGAUUCAGAUGACUGUCGGUUUUGUGAGACAUCCACGAAUUUAUUUCCCACGCAGUCUGAUAGUAGUGUACCUACCAGCCCGGUCUCUCCAUACAGAUAUCAGAGGCCAUUCAGUGGGGUGACUCCUUCAACAGGUACCAAUACUUCACUUGGAUGUUCUACUAGUCCUGUCACUAGCUUGCAGCCCCAUCAACGUGGAUCAGAUUCUGAGGGCCGUUUCCCAUCAUCUCCAAGUGAUAUAUGUCACUCAGCAGAUCUGAGGAGGGCUGCGCUCCUACGUUCAGUACAAAUGAGAGCACAACCUCUUGGUCCAUCAUCUAUGGAGUUGCCAUAUUGCUCCAUGCCUGAGCCUGGACCUAAUAUAGAAGCUGAAGAGCGGCCAUGUUCUUGCAUAAAAUCGUUGGUUGAUGAAAGAGAUUUUCAACUCGAGGAAUGCUCUUCAAUGGGAGUGUCCGAGCCUGAAUAUAAUGAAGAGAAAUCAUGUAAGGAUUUGAACAGGGAUAUGAAAGACAGCGAAUCAGGAGGGUAGUAAAUGCUAAAGAAUGUACAGAGGGAAAUCUCUUCUAACAUAACACAUGGGACACAUUCCUGCUGUGGGACUGGAAAGUGUUUGCCUUUUGGUUCAACCUCCAUGGAAAUUCUCUUUUCGCAUAUGCUCUGCCUAAUUUACUUGCUUUCACUUGAUUGAGGAUAGUUUGGUCUUCUGCUAGCUCCAUUCCCAAGUGCGUGGGUGCCUUGUGCUAUCUUCAAUCUCAAGUGUGUGUGGAUGUUAUGUUUAUCACUUCGACUCUUCAAGCCCGAGUCGAGAAGAUGUUCGUGGUUGAUCAUGUGUGAAAGCUCUGUCAAGAGAGCAUGUUUCUGAGAGUUAAAAGUGUAUAGAUAAAAUGCUGCGGCUUUAUGCGUCAUAAGGUUGAAGUUGCAAGUGUUCCAUUUGUUUCACAUUUGUGAUAACGCUGUUAUUGAAUUUUUUGUUCUAAUUGCCUUCUGAGCAUGCUGGCAAAAAUUGCUGGAAAACCAAAAGAUGUAUAGAGAUGAAAUUAUAUGGGUUUUUUUGUACUGAUGUCUUAAAUUGGGGAGAAACAAUGAGAUUUGUUCGCUUUUUAAAAAUGAGAUUUUUUUUAUCGUUUGUUGAUAUCAAA